AUUACACAAAGGAUCUACUUCCUGCAUUUCGCAACGGCAUUUUUAACUCUUUCCUCGUUCGUUUCCAAUCAAUCUCAGGGAAUGACUUGAAAGGUGGAGUCGAGACAGGGCGGCGACAGGUAGCAUAUAAAAGACUCGCGUAAGGAUGCGAUUCACCUGUAAGCACUGAUCUGGGGAGCGAAAAUGGGAAACUGGAUUAUUAAUCACGGACUGACCGCCUUGAUAUUGGUGGUCUGGAUGGGCAUCAACAUAUUUCUGUUCGUCUACUUUUAUUUCUUUUAUGAUCUGGGAGAUCAGUUUAUCUACACACGACAUGUUUUGGGGUCUGCGCUGGCCUGGGCUCGUGCUCCCGCUGCUGUGCUCAAUUUCAACUGCCUGCUUAUCCUACUGCCCGUGUGUCGCAACCUGCUCUCUCUCAUACGAGGAUCUUUCAUAUGCUGUGGGCGAACCAUGAGGAAACAGCUAGACAAAAAUAUCAGUUUCCACAAACUUGUGGCUUACAUGAUUGGUUUAAUGACAGCGGUCCACACAAUAGCUCAUUUGCUGAAUGUGGAGUGGUACAACAACAGCAUCCGGGGGGAGUAUGAUGCCCUGAACAAUGCGCUGUCCGCUCUGGAGGAUGGAGAGAACACCACCUACCUGAAUCCCAUUCGAUCAAACAGCACUACUCCGACCCACUUUGUGUUUACCACCUUGGCUGGGAUCACAGGGGUCAUCAUCACCCUCGCACUCAUCCUCAUCAUCACCUCCUCCAUGGAGGUCAUCCGCCGCAGCUACUUUGAGGUCUUCUGGUACACGCACCACCUCUUCGUGGUGUUCUUCAUUGGGCUGGUCAUCCAUGGUGCAGGGCGGAUUGUGCGGAGUCAAACCACUACAAAUCCUCCACAUAACACAUCGUUUUGUUUUGAUCAACCUGACCAAUGGGGCAAAAUCUCAGAGUGCCCGGUGCCUCAGUUUGCUGGAGGAUUCCCAGGGACAUGGAUGUGGGUGAUUGCGCCAAUGUUCAUUUACCUGUGCGAACGUUUGCUACGCUUUAUUCGCUACGUACAGAAAGUCACAUACAGAAAGAUCGUGAUCCGGCCUUCCAAAGUACUGGAGCUGCAGCUGGUGAAGAGCGGUUUCAAGAUGGAUGUCGGCCAGUAUGUCUUCCUCAACUGCCCGGCCAUCUCGGCGCUGGAGUGGCACCCCUUCACCAUGACCUCUGCCCCAGAGGAGGACUUCUUCAGCGUGCACAUCCGCUCCGCCGGGGACUGGACAGAGAAACUCAUCAGCAUAAUGGAGCAGUUGCCUGAAGGCGCAGAGGGACCCAAAAUGGGUGUGGAUGGCCCAUUCGGCACAGCCAGCGAGGAUGUUUUUGACUACGAGGUCAGCAUGCUAGUAGGGGCUGGGAUUGGCGUGACUCCUUUUGCCUCCAUCUUGAAAUCCAUCUGGUACAAGUUUAAAGAAUCCAACCCCAAGCUGCACACCAGGAAGAUUUACUUCUACUGGUUGUGCAGGGAGACGCAUGCCUUCGAGUGGUUUGCUGAUCUUCUUCAGGUGCUGGAGGCGGAGAUGGAGGAGAGAGGCAUGGGGAACUUCCUCACUUACAAGCUCUACCUCACAGGCUGGGACAAAAGCCACGCAACUCAUGCAAUGGUCCAUUUUGAUGAGGAAACGGAUAUCGUCACUGGACUGAAACAGAAAUGCCACUAUGGCCGACCAAACUGGGACAUAGAAUUUGAGCAAGUUCGCAAAGAGAACCCCAGCUCAGUGGUUGGUACUUUCUUAUGCGGUCCUGCCGUCUUGGGCAAGACUCUGGAGAAGAAAUGCGUCAAGUACUCCGAUGUAGACCCACGGAAAACAAAAUUCUACUUCAACAAGGAGAACUUCUGAGUGGCCAUGCGCUGGCGACAUUUUGAAAAGGAGGAUGUUGUUGCUGAUGGAUGAUGACGGCCCUGCAGUUCAACCCAAUGCUGCCUGAAUGUCUAUGAGAAUGUGAGAAUAAAUGGCUGCUGCCAGAUAGACUGCCUGUCCACAAGAACAAUAUAUCCACCUGACUGUGUUUAAACUGUGUGCUGUGCACAUGAAGACACUCAAUUUUGUUUCUGUUAGAGCUAAGACUUCUCGCUAAAUAUCCUAAGUGUAAAUAUUUUUUUAUGCAAGACUCAUCACCUAAGCACCACAACAUUUGACAUGCAAUACCAAACCGCUUCCAGGUACAACCUGUGUCAAGUGUAAUACAUGAGAAAUUAUUCAUUUUUAACAGGUUCCUCUGUUAGUUGCCCAGAUGUAUUCAGGAACAGUGAUGCUUUAAUUCCUAAGACGGAAAUGGAAACUGUACACCCUUAUCAUUCGGUCAUGGGAAUUUCCUCUUUGUAGAUGUCUAUCAGACUGUUGUUUAAUGCUUUAUCUUAUGAUACUCACACUCCUCACAUCAUUAUCAGACAGACAUUUUUCAUGUAAUUUCUUGGGUCAAAAUACAGAAUAUAACAAAGACAAUGA